UUUCGUGAUUGUGCUGCUCGAUUUGACUAUUGGCAAAACCGAUUAUGUGCAGUAGCCGAAUAGGAUCGUUGAAUCUAGAGAAGCUAGAGCAGUCCCGGUUGACCUGGAGCCUGGUCUCUGCGUUCGUGGUGCAGUAUCACACACAGGUCAAUCCUAUGGGCGUUCGGGAUAUUACCUUAUCGUAAUUCGUGACUAUUUUGCGCAUUUAGGUAGCAUCCACUCUGUGCGUCAGACCAAGCUUGGGAUGCUAAAGGAAUCGCAACAGCUACAGCCCACGGCAACAGCUCGAGCCGAGAUUAGAAUUGUUUUGAGUGUGCUGCGAAAUCGGAAGCUAAGUAGGAGGACAGAGAGUGCCGGAAAGAGACGAGACGACCUGAACAAAGAGUGUUGGAUCUCGUGUAUCAGACUGUACGUGACGUAGUGUACGUUCGGGCUUUGUCGACUGUUCAGAAGGUCGCCCGUUUAUAAAACGGGUUCCCCGUCGUUCUUGUAAUGGCAGCAGCACGCCGACUCGGGCGGGAGCUCGCCGAUUUGCGGAGCUCUCCAAUGAGGGUUGUACGUGAUAUUCAGGUGUCCGACGAAAAUAUUUUACUCUGGAACCUUCUCAUUGUGCCUGAAAAUCCUCCCUACAACAAAGGGGCAUUUCGAGUGGAAGUCCAGUUCCCGCCAGAGUUUCCGUUCAAACCGCCAAGGUUGAUGUUUCUCACCAAGAUUUACCAUCCAAAUGUAGAUGCAGAGGGUUCCGUAUGUCUGCCUAUUAUCCUUCCUGAGAAGUGGAAACCUGCCACAAAGGUCGAACGGGUUCUGCAAGAAUUGGCUACGCUCGUUGCCGAACCUGAGCCGGAACAUCCGAUGCGCACUGAUCUCGCCGAGGAAUUUACCAAGGAUCGUAAAAAGUUCAUGAAGAAUGCCGAAGACUUCACUAAGAAGUACGCUGAGAAAAGACCGCCUGAGUAAACCAUCCUUUUCACAAUCAGUUGUGACGCUGCCGUUAUGCUUCAGCCUACCAAGAAUCCCGUCCCCAGUAGAGACAACAUGCGAGUAACUAAAUAAGAAAAUAAGGACGGAUACAAUACUUUAUAUAUGCGUACAUAAAAAUCAUCAAAUACAGAUACGCGCACACACUUAGACAAAUAGCCUUGCAUAGUAUACAAAUAUGACCGACGUUUCACAGCAUUUUGAACAGUCUUAGCAGCACUAGUAGCGUUAGCAUAGCGGACAAAGAUGAGAUAGAAACCUUGUGUGCGCUAUCAACAUCACGAAAGACGGGCCGAUUAACUAGCCUUAACGAUAGGAGCCAUUAUCAGCAGAUAUGGGAGCGCAGUGCUACACAGAUAGGCAAAAGAACAAAUUAACAACAAUACACAAACACACAUACACACCAGAAACAAGCAGAUAUUGCUGCACUCAAUGAUGGCGAUGCUGACGGCGGUGACGAGGACGACGACCUCAUUUACGAGGGAAAGAAAAAAGAGAAAAUAAAAAAAAAUGAUUUAUGACGAGAUGAUGCAAGAUAUAGAGAACUGAUCUGUGUUGAUGCAGAUAUAGUACUACUGUUGAGGAUGAUGUUGGUCGCAAUGACGAUGAUGAUGAUAACAUAAUAUUAUUAAUAAUAAUAUUCAUCAUAACUGUGGUAUAUAAGAAAAACUUAAAAUGAUAUAGAGGAGGUGAACCUAAAGCUACGGUUCCUCCAGGAAAUGCACGCCUCGUUGAAAGCCACUAAACAGAGAUCCCUUUUCGUCUAUUACCACUAGUCCCAGAAUAUGCGUAUGCUGCGCCUUGCGCUAUCAGCGUGUUAGAAUCGUUGAGCAUAUUAUAUAUAUUUACUUAGAAUGAGAGCGUGGUUCUGUAUGUGUGUAUAGCAAAGCAGAUGUGAUGUGAGACACCCGGCUGAAAACGCAUGGUUGGCUGCAGAUGUUUAUGAUCGAUUGUGACAUUUAAUUAUUAUGAUUACUAUUAUAAUAUGAAUGGAUCGAAUGAUUCGGUAACUGACUACUGUAGAAUAAUUUUAUUUUGUUUUACUAAACAAUUAAAGGCUAACGUGACGUCCUAUGACCUAUAAUAAUCAUGUAAGGUAACUAUCGGCUAGGUAGCUAACUUGGAAUAUCUUUUCAAAAUGAUACACAUGAAUCAAAUGAGUGCUGCUUAAGGAAAGCCACGACAUCUAUGAUCUAUAUGCUGUACGUUUCUCGUAAUUCUAUAAUUGUCGCCUGCGAACACUACAAAUUAACAUUAUAUAUUAUUGUUUAACAGACUACCCUCAUAGGCCUCGUACAAUAGCAACUGGCAAUAUGGCAAGUAGACAAACUGACAGUGAAGAAAAACCCUACGAAGCAUCGUUAUUCUGAAUGAUAUAGCAAUAAGUAUACAAACAAUGCAGGCGUUAUUUAAGUUGUUUUCCUACUAGGAUCGUUCAGCGUGCUUUACUAAUAACAUAGCUAAUGCGUCAUUGUUUGAAAGCGAUAAUAAUACAGGGACCGUCCAAAACAGCUUUCGCAGUUUUGCAGUGCGCAGGUUAGGUUUUUUUUUGUUGGUAAAAUGGGGGGCAGAUAGUGCGUGCAGUUAGUCCCUAUGAGUAGCGUAUAAGACGAUUGUAUACGAUAUAAUAAGUAAAGGGGAUAAAGUAUAUUUUUUAUGAGAGAAAGACGAAACUUUCUAGUAGUUGAAAAUAUGAUGUACCGUACAACAUGAUUCGUCAAACAUUUCCAAUGGGGAGACUCAAUUAGGUGCAGGAGGUUUUGGGCGAUGCCGUUGCGAGCAAUGCAGUAAAGAGACAAGGGCAGACAAGCUGCACAAGCAAGGCAUCAAAUGCCUCGCAUUCAAAACUUAGUUUUCUUGAUGUGAUCCUCUUAUUGAUGACAGUGGCAUUUUUCAUAUAGCUAGAUAUAUCGAAAUCUGGGGUCUGGCAUUUGUCGAGACAGUGCACUUUCCGCCGGUAUGUCGUAAAAUUUGGUCUUUCCUUUGAUAACUCCUUGUGAGUAAAUAUUGAUGUAUGCUAAGCAAAUGCUUCCUUAAGGUGGCACACGCGCAGCUCAUAGAGGCAAACGGCGGAAACACUUUCUGGCCCCAUCAAAUUUUUGACGCCGAAUUAUUCAACUGACUAAUCGUAUUAAGACAAAUAAAAUAUUUGAUGGAUGGGCGAUCACGCGGAAAGAAUCGGUUGCAAAGUUGGUUGUGUACGACUGCGGAAUGAAGCGUCAGAAAAAAGUCAGGCCUGUCUAGAAACAAGAGGUUAUAGAAGUUCCGGUGAUUGAAGGUAGUCACGAAAUAAAAAGUCUAAAGUAGGAGCGAACAGGAUGCAGGGAGUGAUUGUGUUCUCGCAGAAAAACUUAAAGGCAGACAAAGCGAGAGUGAGACAGGUAUCAAGUACUACGCGAGCUAAUGUGAGGGGCAUGAAAGAAAAUAAGCAUCUAGUGUGUAUCAUGGAUCUGUCGUCAACGAAAUUUUCGAAUAGACUGGAGUACGAAGUAAAACAGGAACACAACCGAAUGACGAUGCCGUUUACCUACGGAACAAAAACGUGUUAUUAUUCUUAAUAUAACCGAAGAAAAUACGGACUUAUUUCUUGUGUGAAAUAGAUAUUGGUAUAGCUCUCUCACAUCGGGCUGAAUAUUGGGUAGCGAGUCUAGGCACGUAAGCUACCCCUGUUUGAUGAAAAUGAAUAAUGACUAUCAUAUGAUGCUGCGCUUGUCUAACAGUUAAAAUGCUGUUUACUGUGAUGACAAGAUGAACAACAGGCAUUAUUGUAGUUCGAAAUGCUUUAAGAAUCGAUGGAAAUAACCUGUAUCCCGAUUUUAAUGGUAGGAGCAACAAGAAUUUUUGAUCGAAUAUCGAUACAUAGAAACGUAUGUGGAAACGAAGAAAAAGACUCGGUGAGGGUAAACUCGCAGAAUCGAGCGCUGAGCAUAAAAUUAUGGGGGUCAAACGGAGAAUAGAGCCAAGAAUAAGUAGAAAUCGAAAGACUACGUUUUGGUAAUUUAUGAAGAUUAUUUUUGCGCACUGAAAUAGUCGAAAAGAUGGUCUAUGGUGAAGUUGUUGAAAUUCAGGAUCAGAGACUCAAAGUCUAGAUACGAACUCUAAAAGGGGCGUUCUUGAGGUUUGAAGAGAGAGGUGAAUAUUAGGCAGAAGACUAAAAGAUGAACGCGGAACAGGAUAAUUACUCGUAAAUAUUAAAGUCAAAGCUAUAUAUGAUGACUUAGCAAGACAUAGAAAGAAGAAUUAAGGCCGAUGGGUCGGGCUGAAAAAGCCUAAUAAAAGCGAAACAUGUCGUGAUUAUGGUAAUACUGAAGGUAAAUGGAUGAAGAUAACGAGAUGGAUAAAAAGAAUAUGGAGACAGUGGAAACGUUGUUGAGUUUCGACACUAUAUUUUAUUAUUAUUAUGCUGCUCACGGUGCGACGAUAAUGACUGAGAAACAGAUUACAAUGAGACAAGCGGAGAUCAUGAAGAUAAUAGAAGUAAAAAAAUAUGAACAUUACACUAAUGAGUACUAUGGAAGAUUGAAAUAAAAAAAUUAAAUAAAGAUCGAGCUGGAAUCGCAAACCCA